CCACUGUGCUGGUUGCAGAUCCAGAAUGCAUGUUUAUUGUGUUCCUUUUAAUUUAUUUGUGCAUUGUAGGAAGGAAAGAGGAGGUGGUGGUACUACAGGCAGCAUGGAGAGGAAAGGCAGGAGCAAGCAGCUGCAGCCCCUUACACUAACUCCUAUCAGCCUCAGCCAUCAUCACCAGGACCCCAAGCAAGCCACCAUUCUUGACACAAAAGGUAAGCUAAUAGGAAGGUGGCUGCAAAUAUAAACAUUAUAAAUGUAUGUGUCUAUGUAUGUCACAUUGUGGAUGUGCCAGUCUGUGUAUCUGGGUGUCAGUGUGUGUAUCUAUGUGUCAAGGUGUGUGUGUGUGUGUGUGUGUGUGUACGUAUCUAGGUAUGCAUGUAUGUAUCCAAAAAAUGAUCCAAAAUUACUUAAAUGUAUUGGUAUUCAAAAAUGUACUAUUCCUUGGAGAGGGAGUAAUAUUAAAAAUAUCAUAGGUAAAAGUGGAUUGGGUAUCUACAGACACUCACACGCCAUGGCCUCAACGCAGAAUUUAAUAUUUAAUUUUAUAUAAUGUCAUCAUGCCUUUUACUGUGUACCCUCCCUUCUACUUUUCUGUUUUAUUUCUAUUUUAUUAAAAUUUUUAGUAUUUCCCACCAUUUUAAUAUAUACAUUAUUGCAACAUUUUUUUGUAUAUUAUGUAUCCAUAUAUUGUACUUAUGUAUAUGCCUAUCAUCCCCUUUAAUAUAUACUUAAUAGCUACAUGUCGCCCCUUCCCAUUAUGGCCGCCAUUCACAACACAGCAGCCGGUCAUCACAAUAUACGUGCUAACGCACGCCCUUCCCCAUUACGGCCAUCCAUCCCAUUAGCGAAUCGACAGCUGCCAUUCCCAAUAUGGCCGCCAUCUAAUUUAUUACCCAUGCUGCCAUAGACUUUCCCAACGCCACUCCUAAUAUGGCCCCCGUCUAAUAUAUUAUCAUGCUGUCACGUGACUUUACUUAUUUUAGUUAUACCAGCCUCUAAACCCUUCAUUUUGAACUUGUUUUGUUACAAAAAGCAUUUAAUUAUGUCAACUAUGUAUAUGUUAAUUUUUAAUUGGCAAACCUAAUUUUGUCGCCAAUUUUAACAAUUUUAGCCCUGUAUUAACUCCAACUGCCAGGUUGUAUUCUACUCUAUCCACUUGAAGAAGCCCUAGGCGAAACGCGUUUGGAUAUUUUAUAUUGUGAAUUAAAGGUUUUUUUGGUCACUACCCUGUGUCAAUUAUCUCUUUUCUUUUAUACUGAUUUUACAUCCUGGCAUUUUACUUUUCCUGUACUCCAAGCAAUCCUAGGUGGGGAUCAUACCACUAAUGCUGAUACCAUAGAGCAGUUAGCCUGCUCUAUCCUUGUAAUUAUCUAUUAAUAUUUUUAUAUUGAGAGCACUAUUAGUUGUCUUUCUAUCCCUUUCCUGAGUUUUGGAUAUCGCUCCUGAGGUGGACACUUGCUGCAUAUCCUAUAAGUGGGGAUUAUACUUAUAUGCCUGUACCGCUGUACGCCUAUUACGCUAGAGUUGGCUAUAGCUCGCAUAAAAUUUAAGUGUUCUACCAUUAUUUCUACUUAUAAUAUAUCUCUAAUAACAUUUAUUGCACUAUCCGCUGUCCUCCAUUUUUUGUCUUUUAUAUAUGCAUAUGGAUGGCUCUGAUUAAUUGACUCAUCAUUUCAACUGAGGAUAUUUCAUUUUUCUAUCAAGUACUUUAUAUUAACUCUCAUCUAUGACUUACAGUCACCUAUACAUGAGGAUCUCUUACUAGGACUAUCUCUACUAUUGAUAUUAUCUGUGUGUGUAUAUGUAUGUAUGUGUAUGUAUAUGUAUAUGUGUGUGUAUAUAUAUAUAUAUAUUUCCUGGCCAUAUCCAUGGCAGCACAACAAUGGGUAGCUCCUCCCCUAUCCCUAGUUAGACAGGAACUAAUUAAAAUAAGGGUACAAAUACCCCCUCCUACCUCCUCCUCCCUCAGUCUUUUUGUUCCUGUCCUAUCCCUAUAGGACCAAAUUAGUCUAUUUUCAGGACUAUAAUCACUUUUUCUUUUAUGGCUUACCUGAGGGUUUUUACCUUCUGCCCCCAAGGAAGUUCAGCCUCUCUUUCUUGGGAAGCUUCAGUAUCCGGCCCUGUGCAAAGGUGUCCCCCUGAAGUUACCCCCUUAGUGACCGGGGGUUCUACUUGCAGUGACCCUAGGGGUAGCAAGAGAAAAAAAUGCCAAACAAUUCUGAUUCCCUGCAGUGACCAAGAGGUAGCAGGAAGUGGCGAGAAGACCUUAUUCUGGAUGGAUUUUUACAUAUUGAAGUACACCCCACAUGUAUGUAUGUACAAAUACUUUUUGCAUAUAUUCUGUAUUUGUUUAAAAACAUAUGUGUGGGUUUUUCCCCCCCCUACCUAUGAUUUCUUUGUACCUUGCUUCUAUCUUUACACAUGCCUUCUCGGCGUCCUGUUCCUCCUGGGGCGCAUGUGCGCCGUUUUCGCGCAUGCUCGCUUGUUCACGGGCACUCUAGCUUCGCGUGCACGCUAGUUUCGCGUACAUGCUAUGUCCACGCGCACGCCAAAGUCGGCGCCUGGGUUCCGGCUGCCGUGAGGGUGCCUCCUACUCGGAGGUUGCUUCCGGGUUUGUGCCGCGCAUGCGCAGUUAGCGAGCGGUGAAUUCGAUCUUUCUGCGCAUGCGCGGAUAAGCGGUGACGUCAGAUAUGACGUCACACGCCUAUUUAAGCGCCAAAAGUGUAUAAAUAGUUUACCUGAGGUUCUCAUUAGGUCUUUAGAGGACCUGUUUCAUACAAUUUUCUACUUUGAAUAGCAUUUUUUAUUGCAAGAAAUAUUUAAAGGUAAGUUUUACUUCUUAAAGGUGUAUACACAUUUUUUCAUUUUUUUUCAUUUCUUCUUCUUCCUUUCUUUCUAUAAUAAUAAAAUUACUUUUCUAGACUGUUCGUAAUCAUCUCCACAAUGGAGAAAGACAAAAGGAGAUCAAUUUCUUCUGAUUCGGACUCUUCUGGAUAUAAAAAUAGGUCACACUCUAGGAGUUAUAGGUAAGCCAUAUCAUAUCAUUAUUUUCUCUUCUGGUAUAGGAUAAAUAAAGUAAAAGAGUGCUAAUAUGAGAUAUUUCCCUGUCAUGAUAGUUCUACGGGAAAGAAAACAGUGAGAUCAUCCAAAGAAAAAUCUCCAAAGAAAAAUCAAUGCGAAGCCUGUAAUAAUAAACCGCUGGAGGGCAAACGGUUAUGUACAGAGUGUUUAUCUGAAGCGGCUGGAACAUCUAAUCCUUCAAUGGAAUUUGUACAGUUCAUAAAACAAGCGGUGGCUCAAGGUAUCAAAGAAGCAGGGGCAAGUCACAAAAGACCCCGGUUACAUGAACCUUCGGAUUACCAACAUAAUGAUUCGUCAGAUGAAUCCAUGGAUAUGGAAUCAUACCAGGGGAAUUUCUUAUCUUCAGACGAAGAAGAAACUCAGGCCCCUGCAGAUUUUCUAGAACCUGCUCAGAUAGACCACCUCAUUUACAAAGUCCGUAAAUCUUUGAGCUUGAAGGAGGCAGUUGCAGAACAGUCAACCUCUUAUCGUUAUUUCUCAGACUUGAGAAAGAAAAGAGCAACCUUUCCAGUGCAUGAUACUAUUAAGGAAUUAAUUAAAGACGAGUGGUCUAAUACAGAUAAGAAGCUUUCAGCACAAGGCAGAAUAUCUCGCCUCUAUCCUUUUGACAAGUCUGAUUCAUACCAUUGGGAUAAUGCCCCUAAGGUGGAUGCGGCAGUAGUUCGACUCACAAAACAUACCACAUUACCAGUAGAUGAUGCAGGCUCAUUUAGACACCCAAUGGACAAAAAGAUGGAUCUGCAUCUCUCAAAGGCUUAUGUAGCAGCAGGGACUGGUUUUCACCCUGCAAUAGCCCUUACUUCAGUGUCCAGGGCCUUAAAAAUCUGGAUCGAAAACUUGGAAGAAGAUAUCAGAGAUGGGAGAAACAGAUCUUCUCUUCUGGAAAGAUUAAAUGAUAUUAAACUGGCCGUUGACUUUACCUCAGAAUCCUCAGUGGACAUGGUGAAAGCUUUAGCAAGAAACAUGGCUCUUUCUAUUUCAGCUAGAAGAGCUUUAUGGCUGAGAUCCUGGUCCGCAGAUUCAUCAUCAAAGUCUAGUCUAUGCGCCCUUCCUUUUCAUGGUGAGAUGUUGUUUGGUAAAAAUCUAGACGAGUGCAUCAAAAGAGCUGCAGAAGGUAAAAAAGCCUUUCUCCCACAAGACCGGAAAACCUGUGGAUCCUUUCGAGCCAGAAGAUACUCUGAAUACCCCUCUUUUCGCGAUACCAGAUCUUAUAAACCACGAAGAGAAUAUGGAAGAUCUAUUACAUGGAGAGGAGGACAUUCAUCCAACAGAGGAGGAAAGUCUAGAGGUUCCUCAUUUCACAAGAAGCCUUUAUGACAAACCCACCUCCCAUUCUGGAGGAGUAGGUGCCCGUCUACUACUAUUCCAGAAUAUGUGGAAACAUUCAACUCAAGACAGAUGGGUGCUGGAUAUCAUACAAGGAGGUUAUCUUAUAGAAUUCUCCACAAGGCCGCCACCUCGCUCCUUCCAGAAGACAAUCUGGCCAAGAGAUGUAGAAAAAAGAGAUUCCCUAAAAAAAUUUAUCUCAUCCCUUCAAGAAGAUGGAGUUAUCGUUCAAGUUCCAAGAGCUCAACGAACACAUGGGUUUUACUCCCAUAUCUUUCUCACCAGAAAAUCCACAGGGGGAUGGAGACCAAUAUUAGACCUAAGCAGACUAAACAAGUUCCUAAACAUAAGGAAAUUCAAGAUGGAGUCUCUUCAAUCCAUUGUAAAAGCCGUUUUUCCAGAUCAAUGGCUCAUGUCAAUAGACCUGGCAGAUGCGUAUUUCCAUAUUCCCAUAGCACCCCAGCAUCAAAAAUUCCUCAGAUUCGCUGUGGAAGAGGGUCAUUUUCAGUUCCGUGCUCUCCCUUUUGGGCUAAGCACUGCUCCGCGUACUUUCUCAAAAGUUCUGGUGGUUCUAAUCGCAGAACUCAGGAAGAAAGGCAUUGCAGUAUAUCAUUACCUCGACGACCUCUUGAUUCUGGCAGAAAACAGAGAUAUAUUAGAAGAUCACGGCCUGAUAUGUAUACAGUAUCUUCAACAACACGGAUGGAAGAUCAAUUUCACCAAAGGCAACCUAAAGCCAUCCCAGAGCAUGAUAUAUCUAGGAGCAGCAUUCAACACUGCAGAAGGUUCCGUCCAACUGUCCCCAGAAAGGGGUAUGAAAAUUCGGAAAAAGGUCAAAGACAUGUUAGCAUCCAGUGUUUCCUCAGCGGAGACAACUAUGAGCCUCCUGGGAUCAAUGUCCUCCACCAUAGGACUUACAAGAUGGGCCCAAUGGAGAAUGAGGCCUUUCCAAAGGAAUUUCCUUUCUCAAUUCAAGGGCAAUCUGUCUCAACCUAUAAUGAUCCCUCCUCACGUACAAAAAUCCCUGAAGUGGUGGACCCAGAAAGAGUCUCUCUUCAGAGGUUAUCCCUUAGGAAAUAUUCCAUGGAUCAUCAUCACCACAGAUGCCAGUCAAUGGGGCUGGGGAGCCCACCUUCAAGACAACUAUGUUCAGGGGAAAGGGGCAUUUUCAACCUCCAACACCCCUUCGAAUCUUCUAGAACUUCUGGCAGUUUUCAAGGCUCUAAUGCACUUCCAGCAACUUUUACUCCACAAAUGGGUCAAGAUCAGGACAGACAAUACCACGGUUGUGGCAUAUAUAAAUCACCAAGGAGGGACGAGAAGUUGCAGAAUGAUGAAAAUUACGAAACCUUUGAUGUCCUGGGCCCAAUUGAAUUUGGAGAAUAUCUCUGCAAUGCAUCUCCCAGGAACUCAGAACUCUGUGGCAGACUUUCUCAGCAGGGUGAGAUUAGACCCGGGAGAAUGGAGUCUAUCAGACAUAAUAUUUCUACAGAUCGUAGAAAAAUGGGGCCUUCCCCAGAUAGAUCUAAUGGCUACAAGCAACAACAGAAAAGUCAAGAACUUCUUUUCGAGAAUUCCAGAUCCCCAAGCCAUAGGAAGGGACGCAUUGACAUGCAGUUGGAACUUCGACCUGGCUUAUGCCUUUCCUCCGAAACCCCUCAUCUUCCCUCUGCUAAGGAGACUACGACAAGAGAAGGCAUCACUGAUUCUAAUAGCCCCUUUUUGGCCUCGCAGACCUUGGUUCCUGCUCCUACUAAGUCUGUGCAAGAAGGAUCCAUGGCAUCUUCCAGUUGUCCCAUUCCUGCUACAUCAGGGUCCAAUUCAUCAUCCAAACCCAGCAUCCCUUCGUCUGUUGGCAUGGUACUUGAAAAAGAAGGGUUAAAGAACAAGGGGUUUUCGAGAUCAGUAAUCGAGACACGAGCAAGGAAGAAGUCCACUUCAUCCACUUACUACAGAAUUUGGGAUGUAUUUUCUUCAUGGGCCAGUUCAAGACCCUUUGAUAUUUUGAACCCUUCAACUACUGAUAUUCUUGAUUUUUUACAAUCAGGUCUAGAGAAGGGAUUGAGUUAUAACACUUUGAAAGUACAUAUUUCAGCCCUCUCUGCUUUAACUAAUCAUAAAUGGGCACUGGAUCCAGACAUAGCUAGAUUUCUGACUGCAGUCCUCAAGAUCAAGCCACCCAUUAAGUCUAUUACUCCGCCAUGGGAUCUCCCUCUGGUCCUGAAGGCUCUUAAAGCAGAUCCUUUUGAACCUAUGGCAUCAAUUCCCUGUCAUCUUCUCACGAUCAAGACAGUUCUACUAGUAGCCCUAGCCUCUGGUAGAAGGGUUUCUGAUCUUCAGGCUCUUUCGGCUCGAGAACCUUUUACUAUAUUUCAUAAGGACAGAGUCAUCCUGAGAACGGUUCCAGAAUUCCGCCCUAAGGUAACUUCAGAGUUCCAUAUGAAUGAAGAAAUAAUCCUUCCAGCAUUAAGUACAGAAGAAUCUAAUAACGGGGAAAACGCUGAUGAUGAUGCUAUCGACCUAGUAAGAUGUCUUAAGAUAUAUAUAUAUAUAUCAGCAGAUGGAUAGUUUCGGCCAUUAUCCAAUCUUAUAGAUCAUCUAAUACAAGUGUUCCUGAAGGUUUGAAAGCUCAUUCUACACGUUCCCUGUCUUCAUCCUGGGCAGCUGCAGCAAAGGUUUCUACAGAACUGAUUUGCAAAGCAGCCACUUGGUCAUCUUCUAAUACAUUUAUUAGACAUUAUCGUUUAGAUGUAAGAGCUGGCCAAUACGAUGGAUUUGGCAGAUCAGUUCUUUCUGCCUCAAAGGAUUAACUACUAUUCUUUUUGUUCAUCACAUUGAGUUGUUUGUGAUAAUACACUUGCAUUAUAUAAUGAUGUGUCUGAGUUUUUCUUUCCCUCCCUUGGUUUUAGCUUGGGUAUUACCCAUUGUUGUGCUGCCAUGGAUAUGGCCAGGAAAGAGAUACAUUUACUCAUACUUACCGUAAUUUUCUUUUCCUGGUCAUAGGCCAUGGCAACACAAAGGUCCAACCCAGGGAUAUUGCUGUUAACUAGACUGAGGGAGGAGGAGGUAGGAGGGGGUAUUUGUACCCUUAUUUUAAUUAGUUCCUGUCUAACUAGGGAUAGGGGAGGAGCUACCCAUUGUUGUGCUGACAUGGCCUAUGACCAGGAAAAGAAAAUUAAGUAAGUAUGAGUAAAUCUAUCUCUAUAUAUAUAUGUAUAUGUGUGUGUGUAUGUGUGUGUGUGUAUAUAUAUAUAUAUAUAUAUAUAUAUAUAUAUAUAUAUAUAUAUAUAUAUAUAUAUAUUAUCUUUGGCACAACCUUUCCUUGUCUUGUUUGAUAUUAGUUUUAAGGGUCUUGAGGGAUGCCCUUUUUUUUUUAGGUUGCUGCCUUCCGGUAUUUUGUGUAUUUGCACUGAGAGUGGAAAAAAAAUGAAAUCCCACCCAGGAGGCCCCCGAGGUAAGCUAAUUGCGAGUCCCACAAUGACACAUAAAAAAUGGAAAACCACAGGACUAAAAAUAAAUAAAUAAGAGAAAACAUAAAGUUUCUUUCCACAUAGCAUAUAGUGGGUGAUGACAAUGUACCAUGCCAGAGACGACAACUGCCAAAAUCAAAAUCAGCCGAUGCCUCUCUUGGGCAACACAGGUUCCAGAAAUGGGUGUCCUGAAGUUGGACCUAAUAGUCCAUCUGAGUGCACACAUGUGGCAAUGUCAUAGGAAAAGGGCAGGCCUGGGGAAGUCCACUGAGGUUUCGAGACUACAUUUAGUGGGAUCUUUGAGCCUAGUCGCAGCCGGCAGCUAGAUUAAGGGUGCUUCUCUCUUGUCUUGUGGGAAACAUCUCCCUCUGCAAAAACUUUUUUUUAGAUUCUCUUUGCUACGAUUUCACCGCAUCUGCGGUAAACACGCACUAGAUUCGUGUGCAAUAGCCUGUUGCUCUCGGAGCACCAAAUUUCUCCAGAAGGCAUCAAAUAUGUGGUCUAGCUUGGUCGCAAGGUCAAGCUUCUCAGCAUAGCACUUUUGAGGGCACACGGCAUCAACCAUGACACACGUCUCCAUGUCCACAGGCUGCCUGCUUGGCUCCCCUUCCAGCGUACAAUCUGAUACAGCCAGGUUACCUUUCAGGAGUGGAUCGAGAUCAACCCUACCGGUCCAGGGGUUGGGAGGUAGGAGAUCAGUGGAUGCCGCACCGCUGAAGCAAGAACGAGGAGAGUGUCCUCCUAUCCCCGACUUCAUCACCCACAGACCGCAGUGAGUCACCUCGGGAUCCCAAUUGCAGAAAACAAGGUUACCAAGGCACUCCUAACUCAGAUAGAGCACAUUGGUAUGUAUACAAGCUCAGUAUUUGAGUAUUUCUGUGUAAUCGGCAAAUACAGCGGGAGCCCCGUUAACAUGCAUUUAGUAAGGUUGCUGGUCAGACUCCUCUCCUCCUAUAAUACUAACUUAACAUAAAUUACUAUACAGAAUAAUAUAUGAAUGUGCCAGCAAUGUUCUUUAACACACACACUAGCCUAUAAGUUGUCAGAUCCACGUUACGUGCAGAGUAUCUUUUAAUCAUUUAAAAGCAGUCGUGUACUUGUAUGUCGUUUGCCAUUGAAUGCAGGGGUGCAGGGCCGGACUGGGGAUUCCAAAGCAGCCCUGGAAAAAAAAUCUAUGCCAGCCCCAUAAGUCAUUGCACCAUAUAUUGUCGCAUGUAAUAUGUAGGGCUAUGUCUUGCCACCCUAGAUGAUUGAGAUAUAUAUAUAUAUCUCUUUUUCCAAUAUAAAAUAUUGGUUCUUUCAGAGUAAAAUCUUUAAUUAUACAGUAAGCAUACUGACAUGCAGACACAGACAAUCUCACUGACACAAGCUGAUUGAUACACAGCCUCAUAAACAAACAAUCUCACUGAUAUACAUAAGGUCAUUGUUAAGACACCUCCAGUGUCUGUAGGCAAAACCGCCGUUUAGUAGACCUUCCCCGGCUGCAGUACAGUCUCCGUUCGCUUAAUCUGUAAUACACGAACCAAAUGCAGGGGAAGCGUCAAUCUCCCGAACGAGAUACGUGAACGGCUCCAAACUCCCGAACGGCAAUACACGAACUGCUGGCAACCGUCGAACAGCAAUAUUCACCAAGCGGCUUCCGUUCCAUCCAGCAGUCUCUAAACGUGAAGAAGCAAUCCCCCCAAUAACGAGACAGAAGCUCCGCAUUGAGGGUCAAACAGGAUCUGGCUUUACUGUGGGCUACCUGCCCGUAUUUAUGCAGGUCUCCCACCUGGUGGACACUCCCCUAGGGGACCAAAUGGGAGACUUAAAUGACAGACAGAUAUGGGGACAUUCCAGACACACAGUCACAGAUUUUACCCACAGUGCAUUAUGAUUCCCUCCCCUCUGCCCUGGAGUUAAUUACCAAGUAACUCAAUUAACUCCAGGACAAAGCCAGUCGCCAUCUUAGACAUAAAAUAAUAAAAGACAUAAAAAUAUAUAACUACACAAAAACCGAACAUUUCCCAUUCGUAUCACCUAUCCCCAGAUAGCCUGGAUCUGAGUGCAUAUUAUUAGCGAAUAGCAAUCAGAUCCCACACACAUAGUUCAAUCGCCAUGGAGUCAAAGUUCUUACAGUCUUUCGGUAUACGAAUGACUCCAUGGGAAGGCUAUCUGGGUUAAGUCUUUUCAUAUGCUCUAAAUCUCCCGAACGGCCGGUGUUCGCAUGCUUUCGUGGAGGCAGCUAGGCGUUCCGUUGUUUCAGCGGUGUUCGGCAGAAAAAGUGUCAGUUUUUAGUUCCAUAGAAAUAGAGCCAAACACCGCUGGGCGUUCGCUUGAUUUAAAAUGGCCGCUGCCUCGUGGUCGACAUACGAACGGCGACCACCCUGAAUUCGGUUUAAUUGAGAAGUGUCUGCGGUUAACCACAACGUUCUAAUUGGGAUCACUUCGUUAACCAGCAGCACACUCCUCACUUGGGUGGCCGUUCGUUCGGCAGGUUUGUUCGGGAAAAAAAGAGUCAUUCGAAUGGCUGGGCUAUAGAAACCAGCCAUUCAUACGAACGGGAGACAAACAGACGAAUGCAGUAAAAAUCCAAGCAGACAGAUGGUUCUGUCACAGUCAUUAAAAUAAAAACACAAGCUCACUCAGUAGCAGGCACACACACACAAGCAAGCCCACUCACUAGCAGGCGCGCACACACACACACAGCUUAAUGGCUCUGGUGUCUACAGCCUGUCCCUGCAGGCUUUUCAAUGUAAACACUGACUUUUUAGAGAAAAGGCAGUGUUUACAUUGCUUCCUAGUGACAGACACUCAGACGGUCACUAGAGGUGCUUCCUGUGUCAGUGCGGAUUGGCUGAGAUCAUCAAGCUUGAUGAUCUCAGACGUAGAGGCAGGGCCAGUUGAGGGGAGACCAGCACGACAUGAAAAAAAAAGGUGAGUACCGUGUUUCUCCGAAAAUAAGACCGGGUCUUAUAUUAAUUUUAGUCACAAAAAACACACUAGGGCUUAUUUUCAGGGUAGGGCUUAUUUAUUUACGGUACCGGUAUGUACAUUGAACCCCCCCUUUAAUUAAUCCACCCCCCUUUUAAUAAAUCCACCCCCCUCUAAUUAAUCCACCCCCUCUAAUUAAUCCAGCCCACCCUUUAAUUAAUUCACCCCCUCUAAUUAAUCCAGUCCACCCUUUUAAUUAAAGGGGGGUGAAUUAAUUAAAGGGUGGGCUGGAUUAAUUAGAGGGGGUGAAUUAAUUAAAGGGGUGGUGAAUUAAUUAAAGAGUGGACUGGAUUAAUUAGAGGGGGGUGAAUUAAUUAAAGGGGUGGUGAAUUAAUUAAAGGGUGGGCUGGAUUAAUUAGAGGGGGGUGAAUUAAUUAAAGGGGGGUGAAUUAAUUAUUCACCCCCCUCUAAUUAAUCCAGCCCACCCUUUAAUUAAUUCACCACCCCUUUAAUUAAUUCACCCCCCUAUAAUUAAUUCAGUCCACCCUUUAAUUAAUUCACCACCCCUUUAAUUAAUUCACCCCCUCUAAUUAAUCCAGCCCACCCUUUAAUUAAUUCACCACCCCUUUAAUUAAUUCACCCCCUCUAAUUAAUCCAGCCCACCCUUUAAUUAAUUCACCACCCCUUUAAUUAAUUCACCCCCUCUAAUUAAUCCAGCCCACCCUUUAAUUAAUUCACCCCCCUUUAAUUAAUUCACCCCCCUCUAAUUAAUCCAGUCCACCCUUUAAUUAAUUCACCCCUCUUUAAUUAAUUCACCCCUCUUUAAUUAAUUCACCCCCCUCUAAUUAAUCCAGCCCACCCUUUAAUUAAUUCACCCCCCUCUAAUUAAUCCAGCCCACCCUUUAAUUAAUUCACCCCACCCCCUUUAAUUAAUUCAAUUAAUCCCAGACAUAAAAUAUCUAGCGGUACUCACAUUUCAAAGAUUCCUUGCCGAGUCCGACCACUGGGAGCCUCACCGCCCGGAAAUGGAUCCUUCCGCUGAAGAUCCGUGAAGGCAGACUGAUGGCGCUGCAAAAUGUCGUCAUCACGUUGCACGACGCUCCUCCUACAGCAGAAGAAGGAAGUCUCGCCGCAAAGGUACAAUGCCUAGGUCUUAUUUUCGGGGUAGGGCUUAUAUUGCAGCCCACCCCGAAAAUCCGACUAGGGCUUAUUUUCGGGGUAGGGUUUAUUUUCGGGGAAACACGGUAAAUACACACACACAUACCAUGACAGACACACACCGUGACACAGACAGAAACACAGACACACCAUGACAGACAGACACACCAUGACACAGACACACACACACCAUGACAGAGACACACACAUACCAUGACACACACAACUUGACACACACACCAUAACACAGACCGUGACACAGACACACACGACACAGACAGAGACACCAUGACACACAGACACACACCACGACACAGAGAGAUCGUGACACAGACACACACACACCGUGACACAGACACACAUUACAUGACAGAGACAGACACAGACCAUGACAAACACACACACCAUGACACAGACAGACCGUGACACAGACAGACGCACACACCAUGACAGUCAGAGACACACACACCAUGACACAGACAGACACACACACACCAUGACAGAUGCACACACCAUGACAGAGACACACAGACACACACCAUGACACAGACGCACACACCAUGACAGACAGAGACACACACAAUGACACAGACAGACACACACACACCAUGAUAAAGACACACACACACUCACACUGACACACACAAUGUCUACCUGGGACUGUGGGGAGCUCCCUUGGCGGCUGCAGGGGGAGUGGCUGUUCUGCCUCUGCAGGGGUGUGAAUAUAUUAUAUUAUAUUAUAUCUUUGAAUUCUAUGGUUUUGCAUAUCAGGACAUAAUAACAAUCAUCUGUUCCUUAGUAGGUCUUAAAAUUGGGUACACACAACCUCAGAUGAACAACACAUGACAUGUAAUAAUGGGUCAUGAUUUAUUUAACAAAAAUAAAGCCAAAAUUGGGAAGUCAUUUGUCAAAAACUAAGCAGACCCUUACUGCUUCCAUAGGAAUUAAGAGGCUAAGUAGCAGAUAGAUGUCCUUGAUUAAUUGAUCAUCAGCAAAUGUUAGCACCUCUAUAAAAGUUUUAGCAGUUUCCUAGUCUGGAGCAUUCAAAAGUGUGUUAACACAAUGUCAAGGAGGAAACACAUCAGCUAUGACCUUAGAGAAGCAAUUGUUGCUGCCCAUCAAACUGGGAAUGGUUAUAAAGUAAUUUCCAAACAUUUUAAAAUCCAUCAUUCUACAGUGAGAUUUAUUGAAGAGUAGAAAACAGUCAAAAAGGGUGUACCUUUUUUUUUAAAAUCAUGACUGUGUGUGUGUGUGUGUGUGUGUGUGUGUGUGUAAUAUAUAUAUAUAUAAACAGGGCCCGCCAAGGUAGAUUUGGGAGUGGUGCGUGGGAUGACCAAUCAACGUCGGUCCAGUAUGGAGGUUCCUGUUUCUAUAUAGGCCGGAUCAUCCCCUCCCACAACUCCAUGCUCCGCCUUCUCAUUUGUGGUCAGGGAAAGAGGCAGAGUAAGCGUUGACCCUAAAAUAUACUAAAUUUGGUUGUGGUGUGCCGAACCCGAUGUUCGGGCAGGCCCGUAAAGAGGGCAAAAAAGUGUAAGCAAAGCAACUUUAAUACGUAUUUACUUGUUUAACAAGACCCUUGCAGAUAUGUGGUUUCAUAUUAUUUGGUUAAGUCUUUGAAUGCCUUCUUUGACUGACUUUUCCAGUACUUGGCCCAGGUCCUCCAUUUCCCUAUGGUGGGCACCUAUUAAAAUAAUUAGCAGGGGGAGACAUAGUGUCCCCCCAUGCCCUCAACUGUGUCCUGCGUGUAGGGGCAAUUAAACUAAACAGGGGACCUAGUGUCCCCCACAACCUCCACCUCAUUGGUGGUGGAUGGAGGCCCUAAUUAAGAAUGGGGGAGACCUAUAGGCCCCACCUAUCCCCAUCCAUUGGUGGGGGUUGGGUACCCUAAAUAAUAAUGGGAGAACCUAGAGGCCCCCUCAGCCCCAACCCAUUGGUGGUGGGUGGGCCUUAAAUUAUAAUGGGGUGACCUAAUGUUCCCCCCACCCAUUGGUGGUGUAUGGCGGCCCUAAAUUAUAAUGGGGUGACCUAAUGUUCCCCCCACCCAUUGGUAGCGGGCGAAGGCCCUAAAUGAUAAUGGGGUGACCUAUUGUCCCUCUCAACCCCCACCCACUGGUGGAAGUUUGGCCAUCUUCCCCUCCAGUGACUAAGGGUCCCCUAGCUGCAAGUCACCCUCCCUCCCCCCCCCCCCCCAAAUACAGAAAUAUCCAAUCUAUCCCCUCACCCUAAAAAUAGUAGGAGGGGCGGGGGGGGGGCAAAAAAAAUGAAAUACCUGAGAAACAAAUGUAUACUUACCAUUAGAUGUCUUCUUUUUUUUUAUUUCCCUCUUCUUUUUUCAGCCGCAGAAAAGGCCAAAUAAAAAUCCAUAAAGUCGAGUCAAAAUAUUAAAAAAUUUUUUUAAAAGGACCUGAUUGCAAGAAAAAAUAAAAUAUUGUGAAAAAAUAUUUAGGCAGAAAUAUUAAUUACAUCUUCACCCGGCAAGGGAAUGCCUUAUACACUCAGAGCGCUCUGAUUGGUUGGCUUAAUAAAGUGUAGAGGAGUCGGGAGAGAUGCUAAAAGAAAUAGAUACGGUCAUGACAGUGCCACUUUAACUGCCUGCUAGAGCCUGGAGGAGCCUCCUUUGUGUAAAUAAAGUUAAAUUUACAGAGCAUUAGAUAAGAACUACAAAAGUGAGCACACUGUGCUGUAAGAAUUGAUUGAAAAUAAAAUUAUUCUUUUCAUGUUGGCUGUGUGCAGGGCCGGAUUAACAUAGGGGCUGAUGGAGCUGCAGCUCCAGGCCCAGGCCCAUGGAAUAGGCCCAUUGAUUUAUAAAAAAAAAAAAAAAAUUUUUUUUUUUACAUUUUUUUCCCCCACACACUACUCUUAGGGAUUCCACCUGGCUUUUAUUUUAUUGGCACAGCCAGUAUUUGAGGCUGCCUGGCUGGUGCCAAUAUUGCAGGGAUACUGGCAAUACAAAUGCUGGUAUUUUUCUCAGUAUAAACAAGAGAUUACUCUGCAAUACCAGCACUGGCCAGUAGGGGUCGCUGUGUGUGGAGACAGGCAGGGAUAGGAAGUUCCAGCAUAUCCCUCCCUGCCUAUCUAUACUCACUGAUCUGCAGGGGUGCAGACAGCAACUCCCACCCUGCAGAGACAGACUACAGCUCAGGGAAGUAAGGGAUGGGGGGAAAAGCUGCAAGGAGACAUAUACUGAGAUACUAAGGGACACUGGGAGACAUUAUGGCACAGACACAUGGGGACACAGUGUCCCCAUGUCUCCCAGCCAGUGUCCCUGGUGUCUCAGUGCCCCCUAGUCUCCCAGUGCCCCCAGUAUGCCAGUGUCUCACUGUCCCCAUGUAUCCUAGUGCCUCCAUGUCUCUCAGUGCCUCGAGUGUCACAAUGUCUCCAUGUCCCCAUGUCUCCAAGCUAGUGUCCCUGGUGUCUCCUUGUCCCCGUGUCUCCCAGUGUCCCCAUGUCUCAAUGUCCCCAUGUCCCCCAGCCAGUGUCUCUAGUGUCUGUGUCCCCAUGUCUUCAAGUGUCCCCUAUUUUCCCAGUGUCCCCAUGCAUCCCAGCCAGAGUCCCCUAGUCUCCCAGUGUCACUGGUGUCUCCGUGUCCCUAGGUCUCCCCGUGUCCCCAGGUCUUCCCAUCUUCCUAGUGACAUGGGGACCCUGGGAUACAUGGGGACACAGGGAUACAUGGGGCAUUGAGACACUGUGAUACAUAGGAUCACUGGGAGACCUGGGGACACGACACUAGGGGACACUGGGAAACAUGGGGUACUGAGACAAUGAUACAUAGGAACACUAAGACCUGGAGAAUCGACACAUGGGAGCACUGGGAGACAUGGGGCCACUGGGAGGAAUCCAUCUAUACAGCAGAAUCAAACUAAGUCGUUUUUUUGGUGAUUUUACAGCAUUUUCUCUUAUGUCACUCCUUGUGAUUUACAUCAUGUAAUGUCACCAUACAUAUUUAAUUAUGCAAAUUAGCAAGGCCGGUAUGUUUUUCCAAGAAAGGUGGCAACCCUUACUACUUUUCACAUACUCUUACUUAAGUAUGGAAACUUAAGAGGGAUGUAUGGGAACAAAACUUGUGUGGACUGGCUGACAAUGGAUAUAGUUAAAGGGACACUAGAGUCACCAGAACUACAGCUUAUUGAAUUUGUUCUGGUGAGUAGAAUCAUUACCGUCAGGCUUUUUGCUGUAAACACUGUCUUUUCAGAGAAAAUGCAGUCUUUACGUUACAGCCUAGUGAUAACUUCACUGGCCACUCCUUAGAUGGCUGUUAGAGAUCCUUCCUAGGUCAUGGUGAUACCGGAGAAACUGACGGAAGCAAAGCACAGAGAGAUGGACACAGGUUUCUUCAGGAAGGAAGAGAUUCUUUAUUGGAUCACCGAUCGGGACUCAGAGGGACUAAUGUCACCAAAAAUACAGCAAGUUCUGAGCCCUGAACAAUAGUGCAGGCUCCCUAUAUAGGCACAUAACUCCUCCCAUAUUAAGCUCCACCCGCACAUUCUCUUGACCAAUCAUUACAAAUAAGAAUUAACUUCCUGCUUGACCGCAUGGCUUGUCCAGCACAAUGGAGGAGGGGAAUACUACAUCCUGUAUUCUUGCACAUGCUCCGUACACUACUGAUCGUAUCUUGCCUCGUGCAACCAACUGAUCGAUACGUCAGCAUAUGCACGUACACAUGCCACGUGGUAAUCUCGGCCUACUAAAUUUAUUUUUACCGAGAUUCCACCACAUUCCCCCCUUUGAUGCCUCUUGAUAUUUUACAAUUACUUGAGGCAUCACUUAACCUUGGUUUGCAUACACCACAAGUUACCUUUGAACCAGACCAGACUUAUCCUAUGAUGUGAAUCUUCAACACUCGUCUUCCUGCAUUGGUUCUCCCUGAUCUAGAGCCUUAUAUUUAUAAAUUGCCAUUAUCUGUGCAGCAGCCUUCCUCUCUGCUAUAUUUUCUAUCAGGCUUUGCACAGACCUAACUACUAAGGGUAUAAGACACGGCAGGAGUAGACACAACAUUAAAAUCAGUAGGACUCCACCUACCACUGCCUUAAGCCCUCCAAACCACUCAUACCAGCUACCAAACCAACUACUUGGAUUGUACCCUUUCCAUACCUGAGUAGGCACAUGCGCUAGUUUAACCAUAUGGCUAGUAAGCUCAGCUAUUGCUUGCCCUUCGUCAUCUAUUUGAAGACAGCAAUUGCUCAGGUUAAACUUCCCACAUACACCUCCCUCUACUGCCAAAAGAUAAUCCAAGGCUAAUCUAUUUUGGUAAACUGCUGUCCUCAUCCUGGUAUUAUGCUUCGCUAGAAGAUUGAGCGCUUGUGAUGUCUCGUUAGUAAUGAUCUCAACCACCGCCUGUAACCUUAUAAUGCGGUUGAGCAUAUAAAUAGGGGUUCUAUAACCAAAGGUACCAUCCUCUGCCCACGUGGCUGGCCCAUAAUAAUCUAUAAUACGCUGGGGAGGCCAUUCAUUAUCUUCCCAGGCACCUAUCUCUAUGGGUCCCCUUUUCUUCCUAUGAUUCACAUCAUACACUUUAACACCUAAAGUCUCACCUGUUUCAAUAGGCAACAAGAAGAAGGAUGGUUUUAACAUACCCAACACACAUGCCCCUUCCCAGUCCUGUGGUAACUCCGAAUAGGCCUUCUUACCACAGAUCCAGUACAAAUUCGCUGGGGCUCUCCAGUUAGAUGUGAUGGAUAGAUCAAACCAUACGUCCUUUAAAUUGGCAUAUCUUGCAAACGGGUUAGAUGGUUCUGAGACAUUUGAAGCCGACCACCAAGUUGUAUUCUUUGUAUCAUCAUCAUAAGCUUUUUGCCCUAGACAAGUUAAUUCUCCUACAGAAGUAUUAUACAUCAUUCCUUUCCUCGCUAUGCAAACAUAACCUAUGAUGGAGGUCUUCAAUCUCCACUCAGAUUUACCUCUAACACUCAUAUGAUAGUCGGCUUGUGUAGAUAUUAAUUGGUCAACUGCCUCAGAACCGGACAUUACCUCCUUUGCUUCCCAAGGCCAUUGGUCUCCCAUGUUAGUACCUCCACACACAUAGCAGUUGGUAACAUUAAGACUACCGGCAAUACUCUCGGCUAAAUCAAUGAACAAGUUUUUAGCAUUAUGGGGGAUCUUAUUAUCUAUGCUCAUCUCUUCAUAAAAGGAAUGGUAUACUUGAUGAGUUUGGGAGGUUACCGUAUCAGUCUCUAUCCCUAUAAACAAUAUUGUCCCAGGGUCUAAACCCGUCCCAUAUAUUUGAAACCCAAAUAAAUUACCAUAUUUAUCUAAGAACUUGUCAGGGUUAUUUAUAAGUAUAUGGAUUGGAUUGCAUUCCAUAGACUUACAAUAUGGAUCAGUAGGCAACUUAGUCACAAUCAUGUCCUUGUCUGCUGUCUGUCCCCAAGUCGCCCACCCCACACAAGACCAAUAUGGGCAGAAGUUAUAAUCUCUAUUUGGGCAUCUUGGACUUACAUAUUUAUUUUUACUACUGGGACAAAUAUAUUUAUCGUUAGACCCAUACGUCCUCUCCCAUCUAAGAUCCCCACAUACAUUCCACGGCUUUCUACCACUUGAUAUUGCUUUACACGCAUCAAAUAGCAGAGCACCUGAAGAAUAUACGGAUUUUAAUACCGUCUUAUUAAUUAGGGUCCCCUGAGAAUCUCCAUUUCUGAGAGUCAACCAAAUUGUACGGGGUUGAUACUCAGGACUGAAGCACUUAGGUUCUCCUACUCCUAAAUGACACACACUAUAUUCUAUAUUUAAGUAUCUACAUCUUGAUACAUCUCCUUUACACUCAUAUUGCGAAUGCCAAAUUAGGGUCUGGGAUAUAUGGUUACCUGUUCUUGUAGUCUUAAUGCAUACCUCACAGCUAGGAGUGUUGGUACCUCUACCUUCCUGAAUAUAAAAAUACACAUAAAUAAACAUUAUUAAAAAUACAUCUUUCGUCGUCAUCCUCAGUCUUCGUCCGUGUGAAGGCACCUCAGCUUCCAGGAUGUAAGGACUGCAGGGAAUGGAGUUCUGCUCGUCUUCACAGGGGUCCCCUCAAGACUUUCCCUGACUUAUACACUCGUUGGUGAGUGGACAGGCUUUAUUAUGGCCUUCUCACUCACUUACCAAGUCUCUGAAACAAUAAAAUUUGUAAUCUACAAGGUUCCUCGUCACUCCGACUGAGUCGUGCGUUUUAACCGGAUCUUGCAGGGAUUCUCUGGAUUUGCUGUAACUUGCCAGGAAUCGGCUGCUGCUGGUUUAACCCUGGAGUGAUGUAUCCACGGAGCCACUUCGGCUACUUUUAUCGCUGUAGGGGUAGACAGAAGAACAACAUAAGGACCUCUCCACUUGGGCCCUAACGGCACAUUAUUCCACUCUUUAAUCCACACUUGGUCGCCUGGGUGGUAACUAUGAAUUGGGGGAUAAAUAUUCACAGGUAAUCUAUCUUGUACCCAUUUCUGUACCUCCUCCAUAGUCUUACCCAACUCUACAACCUGCUGCCGGGUAAUUCCUUCUCCCAACUGACUCAAAUCCCCCCUUAAGUUACCAAGCACGGGAGGUGGUCGCCCGUACAUGAUUUCAAAAGGAGAGAGGCCCAUCCUUCUGGUAGGUGUACUACGGAUUCGCAAUAGAGCUAUGGGCAAGAGAACGUUCCACUUAAGUUGGGUUUCCUGACACAUUUUAGCCAACUGAUUCUUAAUAGUUCUAUUCAUUCUCUCUACCUUACCAGAACUCUGGGGUCUAUAUGCCGUAUGAAGCCUCCACUUUAUACCAAGCAUAUGAGUCAAUUGUUGUAGGCACUGAUGAACAAAAGCUGGACCAUUGUCCGAUCCUAUAGAGCAGGGUAGUCCAUAUCGGGGUAUUAUUUCUCGUAGCAGGAAUCUCACGACUUCUCCUGCUUUCUCUGUACGAGUAGGACAUGCUUCUACCCAGCCUGAAUAGGUGCACACCACUACCAGCAGGUAGCGAUGUCCACCCGAUUUAGGCAUCACUGUAUAGUCAAUUUGUAAAUCGGACAUGGGAAGUCCCCCCAUAAACUGGACUCCUGGUGGCUUUACUGGUCCUUGUCUUGCAUUAUUUUUAGCACACGUUACACAUCUACGUACAAUGGCCUGAGUCAAGUUGGACAAUCUUGGUAUGUAGAAAUGUUUUCUGAGAGAUUCUUCUGUACUGUCUCUCCCAGAAUGUGUCCCGUUAUGAUAGUUUUGGACAAUUUCUACCGCUAGUGAUGCUGGAAUAACUAUUCUUCCAUCUUCUAACUGAUACCAUUUGUUCUCCAAAUACUUUCCAGGUUCAGUCCUUAACCACUCCUCUUCUUGAGCUGUAUAAAUUGGAGUCCAUUGAGACAGUGGAGUUGGUAUAAGAGCAGCUAUAUGCCCCACAUAUUCCUGUCUUCCUGAUUCAGCAGCACGCUUAGCUGCACUAUCUGCCAUCCGAUUCCCUUUGGUUACAUCACCAUCUCCUCUCAGAUGCGCCCGACAAUGUAUAAUACCGACUUCUUUCGGCUCCCACACUGCUUCCAAUAGUUGUAGGAUCUCAGCUGCGUAUUUGAUUUCUUUGCCUUCUGAAUUCAAUAGUCCUCUUUCUUUAUACAAAGCUCCGUGGGCAUGAGUGGUUAAAAACGCAUACUUGGAGUCCGUGUAGAUGUUCACUCUUAAACCUUCAGCCAAUUGUAACGCUCGUGUCAGUGCUAUCAAUUCUGCCUUUUGUGCUGAUGUUCCUUUUGCCAGUGGCCGAGCUUCUAUCACCUUGUCUAUCGUUGUUACUGCAUAUCCUGCAUAGCGGAUCCCUUCUUUUACAUAACUACUGCCGUCGGUGUAAUAUUGAACAUCAGGGUUCUGGAUGGGAAAAUCACGAAGAUCUGGUCUACUUGAAAAUACUUCAUCCAUUACUUCCAAACAAUCAUGUUGACUUUCAGUAGGUUGUGGCAAAAGGGUAGCUGGAUUUAAGGUAUUUACAGUCUCUAAAUGCACUCUUGGGUUUUCACACAACAUUGCUUGAUACUUGGUCAUACGGCUGUUACUAAACCAAUGAUUUCCUUUGUAAUCCAACAACGUCUGUACUGCAUGUGGAACUCGUACAUAAAGUUCUUGACCCAGAGUGAGUUUAUCGGCUUCAGCUACUAGCAGGGCGGCUGCAGCUACAGCUCUUAGACAAGGUGGAAGUCCGCUGGCCACUGCAUCCAGUUGCUUAGACAUGUAGGCAACAGGUCUUUGCCAUGAUCCCAAGUACUGUGUCAAUACUCCCACAGCCAUUCUUCUUUGCUCAUGUACAUACAGGUAGAAUGGCCGUGUGUGGUCAGGUAGACCUAAUGCUGGGGCACUCAUCAAAGCCCUCUUCACAUCUUCGAAUGCCGUUUGCUGUUCUUGAGUCCAUAAGAAGGGGUCGUGCUCUGUACCUUUGAUAGCUGCAUACAGAGGUUUUGCCAGUAUCGCGUAGCUGGGAAUCCAUAUCCUACAGAAGCCUGCUGCCCCCAAGAAUUCUCGCACUUGUCUUCUAUUCCUGGGUAUCGGUAUUUGGCACACAGCUUCUUUUCUCUCUGGCCCCAUAAUUCUUUGACCUUCAGAGAUAUGGAAUCCCAGAUAUUUGACAGUUGGCAAACACAACUGAGCCUUCCUUCUUGACACCUUGUAUCCUGCCUUCCAGAGAAUGUGUAGUAGAUCGUGCGUUGCUUGCUGACAUACUUCCUUUGUAACUGCUGCUAUCAACAAGUCAUCUACAUAUUGUAAUAAUACACACUCUCCUGGGAUAGACUCGAAAUCUAGUAGAUCUUGACUUAGAGCUGAACCAAAUAGGGUAGGUGAAUUUUUAAACCCCUGGGGCAAUCUUGUCCAGGUCAUUUGGCGUUUCGAGCCCGUUACAGCAUUUUCCCAUUGGAAAGCGAAGAUACAUUGGCUUUCUGCGGCAAUUCGGAGGCAAAAGAAGGCAUCUUUGAGAUCUAAGACUGUAAAGUAAGUAGCCCCGCCCGGAAUUAAAGCAAGCAGGUUAUAUGGAUUGGGCACGACUGGAUGUAUACUAACAACCGCAUCAUUGACUGCUCUCAAGUCCUGCACAGGUCGAUACUCAUCUGUACCGGGCUUUUGAACAGGCAGCAAUGGGGUGUUCCAGGGGGAAGUACAGAAUUUUAGGAUACCAUACCGUAUGAACUUAUCCAGAUAAGAUUGGAUGUUCUUCUUAGCCUUCUGCGGAAUAUGAUAUUGUCUCAGGCUUACUGGAUAAACCCCAAGUUUUAGUUCGAUUUUAAUAGGUGGAAUAUUGCGGGCCAGUCCUGGUGGGUUGUUCUCUGCCCAAACUCCUGGUAUGUUAAAUAAGGAUUCAUCACUCCUCGGGUUUUGGCUAGUCAACACUGUAUAAAGUCGCCACUCUUCUUCCUUUGGUACGGACAAUGUCAUAAUACCUGAGGGUCCAUUAAACUUUAAGGAUGUUGUUCCAUUUGGUAGGAACGUAAUCUGCGCUUGUAAUUUGGAUAGCAUAUCACGUCCCAGCAAUUGGACUGGACACUCAGGCAUAUAAAGGAAUUGAUGUUUUACUACGUGGCCUCCCAAUGUACAGAGUCGACUUUUAAGAACCGGUUUUUCAGCACUUCUUCCAGUUGCUCCUAUUACAGUAAUAGUUCUUCCAGAUGGAGGAGCAACUUGAUUAGUCACCACCGAAUGUUCAGCACCAGUGUCGAUCAUAAACGCACUCCUUUUUCCCCCUAUUGAUACAUCGACCAUAGGCUCCGCUCGACCAAGGGGGAUGGAGCCCGGUCGGUAUCAAUAGUCCUCCAUGACCGUGUCAGCCAAUCCCACAAAGUCCCUACCUUCUCUAUCGCGGGACCUUUGCGCUGCUGGAUAGUACCUAUCUUCCCUUACACUUCCUUUCCAUUACUCCCUCACCCCUCUAUUACCAUUAAUUAAUUGCCUCUUUAAAGUUUCCGUUUAACCUGCCCUGGGUAAGUUCUUGCUCUCAUACUGCUCUCUUUGCGGACACUUGCGUUCCUCCAAUGCCCUUGCCUUCCUUACAGUACGCGCACUGAUGACCCUACUCAAAGGCUCCCUAUUCCAUCUACCAGACCUCAUCACCGUGACAUCUAUCAUACAUUGCGAUCAGACCAGUACACAGAAUUGACAAACACCACACAUGACACGACAGACCGUGACACCCUAUACGACACACCAUGACAGUAGAGACACACACACCAUGAUAGAGAUAGACACACACACACCAUGACGAUAGCAUCCAUAAUAUCUCACAAGACACACCCAAAGGCAGACGCACCAUGGGGAAGAUCAGACCACCAAUUAACAGACAGACACACAGGUACCAUGGCAAAGGACACACAACUUGACACUGGGCACACAAGUCUACCUGAACUGUGGGCGCUCUUUGACGCUUAAGGGAAGUGGCUGUUCUGCCUCUGCAGGAUAUUAUAUAUUAUAUUAUUUUAUCUUUGAAUUCUAUGGUUUUUAUACAGGACAUAAGGAUUCUGUCUGGGCCUUGUAGGCUUAAAAUGGGUACACAAACCUCAGAUGAAGCACACAUGACAUUCUAAUGGGUCAUGAUUUAUUUAAGUAAAAAUUGUCCAAAAUUGGGAUUCUUUGUCAAAAACUAACAGCUGGCUUACUGCCCCAUAGGGUUAAAGGCUAACUAGCGAUAGAUGUCGACAUUAUUGAUCAUCAUAAAUGUUCCACCUCUAUAAAAGUUUUCCAGUUUCCUAGUCGGAGCAUUAACGUGUGUAACAAAGUUCAGGGAGGAAACACCAUUUGAUGACCACGAGAACAGGGUUGCUCCCAUCAAACGGGAGGGUUAUGCCGUAAUUUCCAAACAUUUUAAAAUCCAUCAUUCGGGUUGUAUUAUUAGAGUAGAAACCCCAAAAAGGUGUACCUUUUUUUUUAAAAUCAUGACUGUGUGUGUGUGUGUGUGUGUGUGUGUGUGUGUAAUAUAUAUAUAUAUAAACAGGGCCCGCCAAGGUAGAUUUGGGAGUGGUGCGUGGGAUGACCAAUCAACGUCGGUCCAGUAUGGAGGUUCCUGUUUCUAUAUAGGCCGGAUCAUCCCCUCCCACAACUCCAUGCUCCGCCUUCUCAUUUGUAGCGUCAAGGGGAAGGGCAGAGUAGGGGAAGACCCUAAAAUAUACUAAAUUUGGUUGUGGUGUGCCGAACCCGAUGUUCGGGCAGGCCCGUAAAGAGGGCAAAAAAGUGUAAGCAAAGCAACUUUAAUACGUAUUUACUUGUUUAACAAGACCCUUGCAGAUAUGUGGUUUCAUAUUAUUUGGUUAAGUCUUUGAAUGCCUUCUUUGACUGACUUUUCCAGUACUUGGCCCAGGUCCUCCAUUUCCCUAUGGUGGGCACCUAUUAAAAUAAUUAGCAGGGGGAGACAUAGUGUCCCCCCAUGCCCUCAACUGUGUCCUGCGUGUAGGGGCAAUUAAACUAAACAGGGGACCUAGUGUCCCCCACAACCUCCACCUAUUGGUGGUACAGGAGCCCUAGAAGAAUGGGGGAAGUUGAAUCCCCAAAUCCCCAUCCAUUAAUGGGGGUUGGGUCCCUGGUUCAGCGGAAGGGGAGUUUUAAUACGAGGGGGGGUGGAUUCUGGUACUGGAGGAGCCCAAGUCACCACCCCCCCCCCCCCCCCUUUUACAGAAUAUCCAAUCUACCCCUCACCCUAAAAAAGUAGGAGGGGCGGGGGGGGGGCAAAAAAAAUGAAAUACCUGAGAAACACUGUAUAUUACAUUAGGUCUUUUUUUUUUUAUUUCCCUCUUCUUUUUUCAGUCUAAAAGCAUAACAAUUACAGCUUCAGGCUUGAAUACAGUAAGAUUUUUAUAUUUAUGGAGGCAGGAGGGCUAGAUAUGGUGUUAACACAAUAGGGUCAUGAAUUCAUGUUUGUGUUCCUGACCCUAUAGUGAUCCUUUAAUGUAAUGCUGACUUUGGUCUCUCUAACACUGUGGCAUGUUCACUUUCUUCUACACUCACUACAUACAGCUUUUCUCUGUCCCAGACUAUAAACCAGGAGCUUCUGCCUGCUAGUAAGAAGGUAAGGAGACAAGUGGACCAGCGGGUGCUAGGGGACAGUCCUUAGAAAGCGUUGAGUGAGCGCAUCAUUAGAUGCAUUUAUGCCAAGCUCAGGGUGCUGUCUGCAUAGUAUGCCCUAAGUUGGCCAGCUGCAUGAUUGCCAGGCAGCCUGACAUGCAUUCAUACCAGGCUGGCCUUCUAAUUCUUUGAGCAGACAUGUCCUCUUUUUGGGCAUGUUCGCCCCUUUUGGCAGGUUACGUGAUUUGUGUCAGUGGGGGUGCCUUUUACCAUGCCCAUUUACUUCCUGCUUGACUGGACACUGCUGUUAGGCGUUAUGGAUUUAUUUAUGAAAAGAUGAAAACAUAAAUUAGUGAGAGAUUAGCCUAGGGUAUGUGUUUUCUUAUAGCUGCUGUUUUCUUUCUCUCCAGCACCAUCAGAUACAUGAUGCUUGGGAGUGUUUUACUGUUUUUGGUCGAUACGAUUCUGUAAUUAGGCCCGUCAUAAUUGUCAGCACCAGGCCCACUGUGCUCUUAAUCUGGCCCUGGCUGUGUGGUGUUCCCAGGGCUGCAUAAACAGAAACACAACCGAUAUAACUCCUAAAUGAGAAAUGAGCAGUGAAACUGCAGGGGUACGACCUAUAAACUAAAACUAUUUCAGUUGUGCUGCUUAGAGGAAUCCUUGCAUCAUUAAAGGGUUACUCCUUUGAGCAUUUUGAAGUGGUCAUGGUGCCUGGGCUGGCUCAUGUCAAUUCUGUAUAUAUUUCUGUGCACAGAAUGCCAAUCAUUGGCUGAGAGCGUUCAGCUGAUGCGCUCAGCCAAUGAAUGACCAAUAGGAUCGGCAUGUCAUUAGCCUUAGAGGACCAUCGGUGCCUGGCGCUGUCCCAGUUAAGAGGGCAAACCUUUGCAAAACAGUACCCUGCCGCCGUUUACUUGGAAAUGGAGCCAGGGUACUUUUCACAUCAUAACCACUACAGCGGAUGUGUGCGUAUUUAAAUGUAGAAUAAUUAAGUUAUUUAUUUUUAAAUAAGUUAUUUAUUUUAUCUUAAAUAGGCUGACUUUUGAGUUUUUUAUCUGUAACUUUGAAUUAACAGGCACGUGUAUUGCCAAGUUACCUACCCUUUGCUUUUAUUGCGAUAGAAUUUUUCAAUGCUGUGAUCCUUGAUUGGAAGAAUGCGAAUGUGUUUGGUCAAAACCUGUUCAGUUUGUGCGAAAACAAAAUAAUAAACUGCAUACGUUUUUUAUGACAGAUCUAUUUUUUUUUUUAAGCAGCUCCUGCCUGCAGAGGUCAUUAGACAAACACAACAAAGAAACGAAACUAAAGAUAAAUUGAAACCAUAUAAACAUUGAAGAAACUGAAACUAUGUAGUCAUUCGUGUCUGCAGUCAAAUAAGUGUUGCCUAUUCUUGUCCUGGGCUGGCUGUGCAAUAAUCUCAGGUAUGGUAUCCCACGUAGAACUUUAUAUAGCCCAGGUAUAUGUUAUAGGAAUGUGAUAGAUUUGGGGUAUUUUGUCAUUGUUUAGCCUGUUUAGUUAAGUUGCCUGUAAGAUAGGAGAUAUAGGAAGAGAAGGACAGUUUGUCAUGAAAUAUUAAAUAACUGUAUCCGCUGUUCCAUUUCAGUCUUUAUAUUAUGUGUAACUUUUAUAUUUAUUUAUUUUUUUUAAUUCGUGUUUUAUUGAAUUUUCAAUUUUACAGCGUGGAGGUACAUAAGGAAAGAAGGGGUAGGGUACAAAAAGGUACACAUAAAUCACAAUUGUUCAUUAGACAGCUACAUUGGUUUUUCCAUCAUUUACAAACAUGUUGAGGUUUCUUUAUAAUUUUUUGUUUUUUUAAAUUAUUAUUUAAAUAGCAUUAACAACUUCCAGUGCCUGGGGGUACAGAGAAGGGUUGUACAGACAGAAGUGAACAAGGCGAUUGCAAAUGAUAAAGGGGCAAUGUUGAAACAAGCAUACAGUCUUGAGGUGUUACCCUUGCCUUACAAACGUGCAAGCAACAGUAAAUGUUAAGACAAAAGUGGUUGUUUUUCGUUUAUUGUUUUUUGUUUGUAUGUGGAAAAAUAUGGACAUACUGUAAAUAUAUGGGCCGCUAUUGAGACUAGGGCUAAAUAAUUUCUGUACUUUUAAGGGGCACUUCUACCACUAUAAACACUACAGGCUACUGUAAUAAUUAUGAUGCCAGGAGUUCCCACAGGAAAGACUUAGGAAGGGUUUGAAAACUUGGGGGUCUGUUGCCGACUCCCUAGAUCCUUAAGCUCAAGUUAGGAGCUUCUGUUAGCUCCGAUGAUCUAAGCCCUGCUGUGCAGAGCCAGCUGUUUGACUGACAGCGUCACUAUUUUUAAGUGGUUUGAGUACUUACUGUGUGAGGAUGCCAGGGUACUCCUGACUUUAAAACCACUACAGUCGACUGUAGUGCUUAUGGUGCUUGGAGUGUCCUUUAAUGUAAUUCUAUACUCCAGAUUUAUGGUUUACCGAGUUUCUACCUAUACUUUGCACUGUCAUAACACAAAGCUAACACACUGAUAACGACUUAUCUCUGACUCAUUCCUUCGCAAUAAAUGUCACUUGUGGAAUUUGUGGGCGGGCCACAAAAGUUCUGCAUAAUUAGAUAACUCCCAAAUACACUUUUCAAUGAUAGCAUCUAAGUGAGGGGCAGGAUGUAAGUAAAAAUUUUAUUGAUACAUUAUUUUUGUUGUUAUUAUGUUAUUAUUUAUAUAGCGCCAACAAAUUCCACAGUGCUUUACAGUGGUUGGCGAACAAACAUGUAGUUGUAACCAGACAAGUUGGACACACAGGAACAGAGGGGUUGAGGGCCCUGCUCAAUGAGCUUACAUUUACUGUGUUUUUAAUUUUUAAUACUACGUUCAUUUAUCUCUAUAUUUAACAAAUAUAAAAGAGAGAAGUUAAAUGUAAAAAUCCAUACCUCUUUAUUUUGAAGCUGGACGUAUCUCGGCUCCCUGUCAAUCAUUGUUACAAGCUGUGUUCUUUGCACCUGGUAGUCAGCAUCCAAGAACCAUACAGAGAAGAGGAGAAAUGAAACAAGGUUUCUAUUUCACCCUAUACCCACACAUAUUAUAUACCAUUUUUCUCUCCGUUAAACGGUCUUUCUAAAGAUAUCAUUAUUUUCAUUAUAUCAUAUAAUUUACUCUAAAAUAAAUUGUAAAAAAACAAUUUUUUUAAACACACCUUUUCAAACUUUCACCCCCAAAAUCUGUUACGCAUCUACAACCGCCAAAAAACACCCAUGCUAAAUAGUUUCUAAAUUUUGACCUUCGUUUAGAAAUUAUAUAUAUAUAUAAAAUAUAUUAGGGUUUCAAAACAGUAAAACGUAUCACAACAAUGAUAUCAUCAGUGAAAGUGCCGUUUGUGUGUGGAAAAAUAUAAUUUCAUUCUAACUGAAUUUUGAUAGAGAUUAAUUUAUAUUUAUAUAUAUAUAUAUAUAUAUAUAUAUAUUUCAUAUAUAAUUUUAUUAAAGGGGUUUCAAAACAGUAAAACGUAUCACAACAAUGAUAUCAUCAGUGAAAGUGCCGUUUGUGUGUGGAAAAAUAUAAUUUCAUUCUAACUGAAUUUUGAUAGACACUAAAGUGUCAGAAAAACAAACCAGUUUUCCUGGCACUAUAUGAUCCUAAGGACCCCCCCACCCUCAGGGUCCCCCUCCCGCUGGACUGAAGGGGUUAAAACUGUUUAGCCACUUACCUUAAUCCAGCGCCGGGCUUCCUCGGUGCUGGUGGCCUCUCCCCCCCACCCCUGCCGACGUCAGCUCUCGAGUGGAGCGUAAUGCGCAUGCGCAGCAAGAGCCACGCACGCAUUUAAACAGUCCAUCGGAAAGCAUUUCUCAGGAACACAGCCACUAGAGGUUGGAUUAACCCUGCAAUGUAAACAUAGCAGUUUACCUGAAACUGCUAUGUUUACAUCUGAAGGGUUAAAACCUGUAGGACCUGGCACCCAGACCACUUCAUUGAAAUGAAGUAGUCCUCAGUGACUAUACUGUCCCUUUAAUAUCAAAAUAUAGUUAGAAUAAAAUGAAAGUCUCAAACGUGGACUGAAACGUUGAAGCAGCUUUUUAAAGAUGGAUCAAUGAACUUAUAACUUUUAAUCACAUUUGGGAAUCCGAGAGUGCUGGUCAUCUCUUCUAUUGGUAUGUGCUAUCUUCCCCAGACUUCAAGCACCCGGUUCAAUUAUUUUGAAGCCAGAGUGCAAGGAUAUUGUGGACUAUAUAUAUAGAUAUAUAUAUUUGGGUACAUUGAUCUUGAGGAAGACCCUGUAGGGUUGAAACGUCGGUCAGGUGAUGUAACUUUUUUUGGAAUAAAUACUAACAAAUUUUUGACAAGACCUUAGAGUGCAUCUCUUUUUUUCUUUCUACAUAUCCUAAAUGUGGGAUUGCACCAAGGCAUUAAUACAUCAAGUUUAUGGGAGAUAGGGUGAGUGCCAAGCUUUCUAUAUAUAUAUAUAUAUUUUUUUUUUUUUAUUCUAAUUCUUUUAUAAUAAUAUUUAAUACAAUAUAUAAAGUUAUUAUAUAUAUAUAUAUAUAUAUAUAUUCUAUAUAUACGUGUGUAAUUUUACUCUAAGUAUAUUUUUAUAUUAAUAUAUGUAUUUUUAUUAUUUAUGAACUUUUUUUUUUUUUUUACUUUUUUUCACCAGCAGGUGAACAAUCCCACUCCAGGCAACACUAAGGAUGACUAUUGCGGCCAUGUGAGCGCACUUUCAGACCAUUUUUUGUUGGACAUUAAAGGGACACUAUAGUCACCGAAACAACUUUAACUUAAUGAAGCAGUUUUGGUGUAUAGCUGAUGCCUCUGCAGUCUCACUGAUCCAUCCUCUGCCAUUUAGGAGUUAAAUCACUUUGUUUAUGCAGCCCUAGUCACAACUCCCUACAUGUGACUUAUACAACCUUCCUAAACACUUCCUGUAAGGGGUCAUCUAAUGUUUACACUUCCUUUAUUGUAAAUUCUGUUAAAUUUGGAGUUCUUAUCUCCUGCUGUGUUAAAAGAGAUAAAACUUUUAAAGUAAUUUACAACUGAUUGAAAAUGAAACCACUUUUUUUUUUUACAGGCUGUGUCAGUCACAGCCAGGGGCAGUGUGGCUUGGGCUGCAUAAACAGAAACAAAAGUGAUUGAUUUAACUCCUAAAUGGCAGAGAAUUGAGCCGUAAGACUGCAGGGGCAUGAUCUAUACACCCAAUUUGAUUAAUUAAGCUAAAGUUGUUUUGGUGACUGUUAUGACGAGUUCACUUUAAGCUAAAAGAGAUCUGGUAUACUGUACGAAAUAUAUGGGAAUGGACAUUCAAGGCCACGGUGAUUUAAUGUGAGAAAAGAGGUAUUCAUUAAUGUCUGAGUGGAAGAUCAGAUCAGAUCCAGGCUAUAACUAGCAUUCCAGACACAAGUGGCUGCAGCCUGUGUACCAGACAGAGUUAUUUCCGUCACGGGAAAACAACAUAUCAUAUAUAAACGGCAAUCUUAAUUUGUCUCACCAUAUGCGAAAUGUAUUUUUGAACAGUUUCAACAUACUAUAUACAACUACCUAUCUAAAGCUACUGGUUUCAUUUAACCCCUUAAGGACAAAUGACAUGUGUGACAUGUCAUGAUUCCCUUUUAUUCCAGAAGUUUGGUCCUUAAGGGGUUAAAGAGACACUAUAGUCACCCAAACAACUACAGCUUAAUGUUCCUGCAGGCUUUAUAAUAUAAACAAAGCUUUUUCAGAGAAAAGGCAGUGUUUACAUUGCUGGCUAGAUACACCUCUAGUGGGGGAGAGGGAGGGUGGGAGAGAGGGAGCACCUAAACGCUAAACGGUGCUUUUAAACCGAUUUUAAACAGGUUUGUAUUCCUGACAAUAUUGUGUUCCUUUAAAGGAGAACUGUUAUUUACUAAAUGUGCCUUAAAGGACCACUAUAGUGCCAGGAAAACAUACUCGUUUUCCUGGCACUAUAGUGCCCUGAGGGUGCCCCCACCCUCAGGGUCCCCCUCCCGCCUGGCUCUGUGGAGAGGAAAGGGGUUAAAACUUACCUUUUUCCAAUGCUGGGCGGGGAGCUCUCCUCCUCCAAUCCUCCUCUUCUCCUCCCAUUCGGCUGAAUGCGCACGCGCGGAAAGAGCUGCGCGCGCAUUCAGCCGGUCUCAUAGGAAAGCAUUUACAAUGCUUUCCUAUGGACGCUUGCGUUCUCUCACUGUGAUUUUCACAGUGAGAAUCACGCAAGCGCCUCUAGCGGCUGUCAAUGAGACAGCCACUAGAGGAAUUGGAGGAAGGAUUAACCCAUUUACAAACAUAGCAGUUUCUCUGAAACUGCUAUGUUUAUAAAAAAAAAUGGGUUAACCCUAGCUGGACCUGGCACCCAGACCACCUCAUUAAGCUGAAGUUGUCUGGGUGCCUAGAGUGGUCAUUUAAGCAUUUCAGACAAAAUCACACAGUGAUGCUGUUAUUCAUGUUUUGCAGAAGAAAUGGACCUGGGGCUGCAGCUCCAUUAGUCCCUAUCUUAAUCCACCUUACAUAGCUCUGUGCAUAUCGGUAUAGUAAAUAUAAGUCAUAACUGCAUCAUGUUCUGCUAGCAAUUUCUCAGAUACAAUUCAAAUAUUUUCAUUACAGUAUUAAGUUUAGUCCUUGACUGUAUUUAAAGGUACACUAUAGUCACCAGAACAACUACAGCUUAUUGAAUUUGUUCUGGUGAGUAGAAUCAUUACCUUCAGGCUUUUUGCUGUAAACAGUGUUUAUUUCAGAGAAAAUGCAGUGUUUACAUUACAGCCUAGUGAAAACUUCACUGGCCACUCCUCAGAUGGCUGUUAGAGAUCCUUCCUGGGUCAUUGCUGCCUAAAAUGCAUCCAAACAUUCAGUGUCUCAUUGAUUCAAUUCAUCUCUAUGAGGACAUGCUGUUUGAAUUGUGCUGGCUCUGCCCCUGAUCUGCCUUUUUGUCAGUCUCAGCCAAUCCUACGGGGAAGCAUUGUGAUUGGAUUCGGCUAUCACUUUUGUUGAUGUCAGCAGGCAGUGGGCAGGUCUAACAGAAACAGGGACAAAAUAAGCAGCUGCAGACUUGAAUACAAGUAAUAUGUUACUCUAUUUAUGGAGGCAUAAGGGGACCAGGGUGGCUAGAUGGUGGUUUUAACCAUAUAAAUGUUUGUGUUCCUGACCCUAUAGUGCUCCUUUAACAGAACACUCCAAACUAAAUUAAAGAGUGUGUACAUAUUUUUUUCUUCUUUUUUAUGUUAAUAGAAAUUAGCACUUUUAUAAAUAAACUUAUACACCUCCAUGGCUAUGAUACAACUUAUUUUCAAAUUCUUCGAUUGGAGAGCCACAAUAUGUCAGUAAUAGGGAGGGAUUGCAGAUACUAGAUCUGCAGCUAUUCCAAGACAAGAUUUUACAUGCCCCCAAAAUAAACAGACAAAACAUACAUUAUAUGCCUAUUUUCUUUGGGGUUAUAUUUACUAAAUUGUUAUUUUUUUCUUAAAAUGGCAGUUAUUGAACUGUUAUCAUUCACAUAUUCCAAACUGUUUUAUAUCUUGUGUUAAUUAAAUUUUCCCAUCCAAUUACAAGUCUACCAUUUUUAAAAUGUAAUUUAUUUUUUUCUAAAUAUUAAAAGGUAAAAUUGUAAUGCUCUUAUAUUAUAAUUUAUAGAGCGCCAACAUUUUACAGUCUACUUAUCUGUAGGCAGGUAAGUUCACAAAAGUCCCUUUUGUCUUGUUCAUGCUGUAAUAUAAUAUAAAGAUAUCACCAUGGGCUUUUUCAAGAGCAAGAUAUUUUGUAGAUAAAUAUAUCUAACGAUGUUACCCACCGCAAUUGGACAUUUGAGACUAUAGAUUACUGUAAUGGACCGUUUUGCACACAAGGGGUAAAAACCGUUUAGGCGAUCGGCCCCCUUUCCAGAGAUACAGGCACAGCUACUGCAGAACACCAAACUCCCGAACUGGAUACAAAAUAGCACUCCAACUCCCGAACUGGAACCUCCCAAAUAGCUACUAGUAGACGAACAGGAAAAGCAGACAAUCAGCUUACACUCCUGGCAAUCAGUCUCUAACAGCAUACAGUGAAUCCCCCCAAGAACGAGACAAGGCUCCGUGUUGAGGGUCAAGCAGUGGUCUGUUUAAUGAGGGCUACCUGCCCGGCUUUUAUGCAGGUCUCCCACCUGGUGGACACUCCCCUAGAGGACCAAAUGGGAGACUGUGACAAGGGACAGACAAGUAGACAAAUAGGACACACAGUCACAGUAUAUUCCCACAAUGCAUCCUGGCUUCCUCCCCUCUGCCCUGGGAGAUAAUUGAGAAGUAACUCAAUUAUCUCCCAAGACAAAGGCAAAACUCCAUUACACAUGUGGGGACACAAAACCAGUAUUAUACUUUAAAAUACAUAAAGUAACAUUUAUUACAUAAAACACAGACAUGUAACAUAUCCCCAGAUAGCUCAGGUCUGAGUGCACAUUAUUAGGUGAAUGGCACUCAGACCACACGAAUACAGUUUAAUUGCCAUGGAGCUAAAGUCUUUAAUUACACGAAUAGGCUCCAUGGCAUAGCUAUCUGGGUUAAAACAUUCCCCCAACACAAAAUACCGAAUCUGCAUACAUUCGUUAAAUUGGUACGAAUCAGAACCAGGGGCUGGAGGCUCAGCGGUGCUUAGCUGACACUGUCCAGAUUUGGCAUAGGAAAGCCGGGCAAAAAAGCACUGGCUGCCCGGGGAGCUCCAGAACAUCGCCAUCGUGUGGCGGCUAGGUGUAACCGCGACCACCCAGUAACAGUCAAUUAAGCUGCGGUUAACCACAGCUACUGGGUGGUCAAUUGCCGGCAGACGCUCGUUAAGCCGCGGUUAACCGCGGCUUCAGGGAGGUAAAUGGAGGGCGCACUCCAGCUUCUGGGUGGCCAAUUAACGGCGCCGGCCGGCUUCCCACGGCUCUGGGGAGGCUGAAAAGAAACUGUUUGUUCGGUAGAUGGAAUCUACCGAACGGCUGUGCAGAAAGGGAGAAAUAAAUCCUUCUGCACAGUAAAAUUAACCCUUUAGCUGCCGGUCCAUAAUCCAAAGGCAGCAGGUGGGCAACCAGGCUCCUCCAAUGCAAUGUGGCAAGAUUGGUCUCGUCACAGUUACCUUCUGCACAUGCCAACGUGAAGCCAUAUGGGUAGAAAUCUAUCUAAAGUCUAUUUCUGGCUAUGUGAUAUUAAAGGGUCACUCCAGAUCCCUAGACUACUUUAGCUUGCUGAAAAGAUUUAUGUGUGGAGCGUGUGUCCUCUUUUAUUUCAUUUUGCAAAAAGUGCAGAUUUACAAUAGAAAUUGACACUUGUAAAUUAACCUGGUUAAACCCCCUUGGCGUUCAAUCAGACAACAGAUAAAGCUACUUCCUGGUUUCAUUAGCUCAAUGCAGCUGACCUCAAGAGGCAGGAAUUGCCCAGAGCACCUGCCUUGCAUUGAGCUGCAUUGGGAUGUCUGUGAUUGGACAGUGGUAAAGUCUGGGCGGGGUUAGAAGGGGAAAGCUUGCAAAGGCAGCAGACAAGACAACUGCAGGCUUUGCAAGCUGAUUUUAGAUAUAUUCCCAAUGAAAAAUACAUAAUUAAAUGCAUGCAACCUUUCAUUUGGGAUAUAUCUUCUAAAAGGUGAUUUUUAUAAAUUUAGUAUUUGGGUAGUGUAGUGUCCCUUUAAAUAUUUUCACCCAUGUACAUUAUAAAAGAGAAUGAUUAUCUCAGACAGUUGGUUCUAGGUCUUUGCUGAGCAUUCUAGAUCAUUGUACUUAAUCCUGCGUUUUCUUUCUUCAAAUAGAAUUCUAUAUAUCAAGACCUAACAAGUUCAUCAAGACCUUAAAAGAUGGAAGAUAAAGAUACAUCAACUCUUGAACCGAAGGUUGUCCUACUGAAUGAUGUCAAACUCCAGCUUUUACGUAUAAAAGAAGAAUCAUGGGAAAUGAUUGAUGAAUUUGAGGAUAAAAUUAUGAAAUUGAAGGUGAAUUCAGCGCGAGACAAGGAGAGAACUUAUGAUUUAUUUCAGGAUCUACAAGAAUUACUUAGAAAAGAGGGGAAUAUGCAUUUGACCGAAAAUGAAAUAAAGGAAGAAAAGGCAAUGACAGUUUUAGAAACAGCCAUCCUGGAUUUGACUGAAAUAUCAACUAACAUCACUGACCAAUUGGAGAAAAUGGAAAGUAAUUCAUCAAUGAGACGUUUUCUGAUCAAAACCAAGAAGAAAAAGGAAAUGUUAACUACUCAGUUGAAGGCAAUGGAUGGACUUGAGACACAGUUUAAUGGAUUUAUGUCUCCACUUCAUCUCCGAGAUUGGAAAGGAAUGAGACAUAUUGUAAAACCAAUUCCUGAACCUCUUCAGUUUGACCCAGAGAGUGCACAUCCUAAUCUCAUCUUGUCUCCAGACCUCAGACAAGUAAAAUACAGCCAUUCUACUAAGAAAUUGAAGGGAAGUAAACUGUGUUUUGAGCCAGGGCUUUAUGUACUGGGGAUUCCAGGAUUCCAAUCUGGCCGUCACUACUGGGAGGUCUAUGUGGGUAACAGAAGCAAUUGGGUAAUCGGCAUUGUAAAAGAGUCAGUGGAACGUAAGGGAGUACAUGUACUGAGCCCACAAAAUGGGUACUGGGUCAUACGGAAGCAAACACACAAUACAUUUUAUGGUAUCGGAGAUCCCCCUCUUAGUCUAGUUCUGAAGAACCAACCCACUAGGAUUGGAGUGUGUCUGGAUUUUUUUGUUGGUCAUGUGGCCUUUUAUGACGCAGACACAACUCUUCUGCUCUUUCAGUUCAAUGAUUUUCAAGUAAAGGAGAAAAUGUUUGCUUUCUUUUGCCCAGGAAUAGCUAUGCAAGAUGAAGACUGGUGCUCAUUAACAUUGUGCCCUUAAGACACCAGUUGUGCACUAUAGAUACAAAAACAACAACAAAAGAUAGAAUUAUUCUGAUUCCAUUUACUGUGAUAUGAACUAACGCCAUGCACCUCAAAAGCCAACUGGAAUAUGUUAAUUUCAAAAGACACAACCUCCCAAGUGUGCAUUUGUGAGAAUUUGCGUGCAAUGUACUCUGCAUUCUGACAAUUUUGGUCAAAUUAUGUGACACAAAGGGAUAUUUUCACAAAACAGUGAAUCUUGUUGACAUGGGAGCAAACUAUUCAAAACUUUUGGAAAAGUUGUCCAGACCAAUAAGGGAUUAUUCUCCCUUAAAGGAACACUAUAGUCACCUAAAUUACUUUAGCUAAAUAAAGCAGUUUUAGUGUAUAGAUUAUUCCCCUGCAAUUUCACUGCUUAAUUCACUGUCAUUUAGGAGUUAAAUCACUUUGUUUCUGUUUAUGCAGCCCUAGCCACACCUCCCCUGGCUAUGAUUGACAGAGCCUGCAUGAAAAAAAAAAAACUGGUUUCACUUUCAAACAGAUGUAAUUUAUCUUAAAUAAUUGUAUCUCAAUCUCUAAAUUGAACUUUAAUCACAUACAGGAGGCUCUUGCAGGGUCUAGCAAGCUAUUAACAUAGCAGGGGAUAAGAAAAUCUUAAUUAAACAGAACUUGCAAUAAAGAAAGCCUAAAUAGAGCUCUCUUUACAGGAAGUGUUUAUGGAAGGCUGUGCAAGUCACAUGCAGGGAGGUGUGACUAGGGUUCAUAAACAAAGGGAUUUAACUCCUAAAUGGCAGAGGAUUGAGCAGUGAGGCUGCAGGGGCAUGUUCUAUACACCAAAACUGCUUCAUUAAGCUAAAGUUGUUCAGGUGACUAUAGUGUCCCUUUAAUGCUAUCUUGACCAUAGUCAUUUCUCAAGUCAUUAAAAUUCACUGUUUUGUUAAUAGAACCCAAAAGUAUAUGUUUUACAUGAUAAAAUACAGCCAUAUAUUUUAAGUAAUAACAUUAAAGAAUUUUGUGAGCUUGAUAUUAACAUUAUCUACUAGCUAUUUUGUUUGUAGUAUAUCUGGUUAGCAAUGAAAACAUAAGGUCUUUUGUAAUGAAAAAAAGGGAACAUCACUUUUAAGCUAAAAUUUUUGUAGAAGAUGUUAAUUCUGUUUCUGUAUAGAAAUCAAAAGUGUGGGAAUAACCAGCUGUAAAACUGAGUACAUUUUAAAAGACCACUCCAAACACUAUGACCACUCCAGAGCACUCUAAAACAGGUUGACUGCCUACAAUAGGGAAUGCCCCAGGCUAUUCUUGGCACCAUAACAACUACCAGGGCCGUUUGAAGCAAUUUGGGGGCCCCAAGCAAAAUGGACACAGAGGCCCCCCCAACCUCCAACCCCCCGCCCCCCACACGCACGCAGACCUUACAGGAACCACAGCAUAUUUUACAGUGCAAAUACUGCUUAGAGCUCUGCCCUGCACCUUAGUGGUCUUUCCUCUCCCCCCACCAUCCCCUACCAGUCUCUUCUCACCCCCCCAUUCUCCUCACCCCCCUCCCUGUGUUUUCCUCAUCUCCUCACCCCCCUCCCC